AUGGUCAAAAGGUUCAAAAAAAGUUUUAUUGCACCUAUUCCAAUAACUAUAUCUACACAAAUUUAUGGAUUAUUACCUAAUAUUUAUCCCCACAAUCCCAUAUCAUGGAUUCACUUCUUUGUAAAGUACCUUUGGAUCUAUUUCAAACCUAUCCCUCAACGUUCUAUCAGUAAUUUGUCCGUUGUAUUCGAAGAUAACCUUUUUAAAGUCCUCAACAAACAACAUCAAGAGAGGUUGUGGGAUUAUGGAUUCUUUGGUAAAGGGACUUUAUCGAGAUCCGAAUUAAACUGGUACUCUCUGACCCAAAAAAGAUUACACCUUGGUGAUGACAAUUUCGAAUUAAGUAAUGAAGAAAUUACUAAAUUCAGAAGAGAGGAGAGAGUGAAAUUCAAGAAGGAGAGAACUAAGGAACAGGAAUUGGAAUUGAAGAAGAGGAAGAAUGAAAUUUCUGAAUCAGAAUUACAGGAAUUAGAUGAGAUCAAGAAAACCUUGAUAAAAUUCAGAAAGAAUAAUAAAUUGAAGAUCAAACAAGAGAGACAAGUUCCAAUUGAAUAUAAAGAUAUGAGACCUGAGGAUCAAGAAAUCAUCGACGAAGAAUCAAUGACUCUACAAGAAAUCGAAUACCUUCAGUUGUCAGCUGUAGAGACUUUUUAUCUCAAAUUGAUUGAUGUCAUUGACGUUUUCGAAGCAGAUCAAUUGACUUUGGAAGACGUGUUCUACAAGUGCUGUGGGACAAAAACUCCGAAACCCGAUAAUCAAUUCAUUUUAUCUUAUAUUGCAUAUCAUCAUUAUAGAUCCCUUGGAUGGUGUGUUAGAAAUGGAAUUAAGUUCGGUUGUGAUUAUAUACUUUACAAGAAAGGACCACCCUUUUCUCAUGCUGAGCAUGGUAUUUUAAUCAUUACUGAAGCAAAUCCAAAAUCAUGGACCGAAAUGCAAACUGUAUCCCGUGUUAUUGGUAGUGUACGUAAAAACUUGGUAUUGAAUUUUAUUGAUGUACCAACACCUAAUGAAUUAAACGAAAUAUUAAAUGAUAGUGACGACCAGAAAUUUUUUAGAUUAUUGCAAUUGUAUAAAGUUAACGAAAUAUUAUAUAAAAGAUGGAUCCCAAAUAGAACAAGGGAUUAA